GAAAAGUCACUGAGCCCGUGGCUACUAGAACCAUCGCCAUUGCCCUGUCGUACAAGUUCCAGUAGAAGGGAACUCUAAGUAGACGACCGAGGGUUUGUGGCUUUGCCUACCGUCGGCCGUCCACUGCGAAAAUGUUUGACAGGGGUACUGCGAGAUGGAAGAUGCUCUCGGGACUCUUGUUACGAGUAAUUUCAUUGGCUCUCGUGGUCUUCGCCUGCUUCUUCCCUGUUAGGGUCCUCGCUGGUUCCGGGUGCGACACGAGGUCUUUGGUGGAUGACGUCCUGCGCUGCUACGGGGUUUUCAAGGGAAAGGUGUUCUACCGCCUCGAUGGCGAUCAGCACCGCGAGGGCAUUCUUCUGAGAAGUUUCAACACUUCAACGCAGUCUCUUGUCCAGACUCCUGAAGAGUGCACGGUUUUACAAAAGUACAGCGCGUGCAUCGACAGCAUCGUUGAGGGUCGCUGCCGUUCCCAGAUGACCCUCUUCCAAUACAGGGAGGUGCGCACAUUGGCUUCGAACCUUGCGGACCCCAUUAACAGCACCUGUAGAGCUUUUGAUAUUUAUGCAAAACAUAAGGACACUCACAUCGAUCAGUUGGUGGACAUAAGGCAGUGCCUCACUAUAGUGGCCCAGAAGAUAGUCCCCUAUUUAGACUCUCCAAUAAAGGACACCGUCAGAAAGGCGUGCUGGGGCGUAGACGAGUAUGCAAAGUGCGUCGAGAAAAAGAUGGAGGAUAUAGACAAGGAAAAUAUGACUCUGGAAGACGAAAAUAUUCUCACUGAUUACUCGCAGAAGGUAGUCCAAAACUUGCGUUGGACCUGUUUCGAUAACAACUGCGACAACGUGUCCUUAAUCAAAAAACUACAUCAGUGCGACAAAAUCAACGUCGACGUGAUGAAAAGUGUGCAAAUGAGCAAUUCUUCAGGGUUGAUCCGAGCAUGCAGCCACGUUAAGAAAUUCGAAUGGUGUGUAAGGCGAGCCCGCAUUGACACCGGUUGCGACAGCGACCCUUCAGCCUUAGCGUCUCCUCAAGUGCAAGCAAUUGUGAACAAAGCUUCUGAAUAUGCAUGGGUCUGCGACCAGUCAGGAGGUAUUUCAUGCGAAGAGUCAUAUCUGAAGGCCAGAAUGAAAGACUGCUACGAGCUUUCGAAACCUCAGACGUUUGAAUCAGAGAAGUCGUUCACGAACACCAGGACGCUUCACCGACAUUGCAGAGAUGUAAGAGCCUAUAAGAUGUGCGUUGAAGACGUUCUCAGCAAGAAGUGUGAAAACGACCCUCGACUAUUUCAUCACUGGGACGUCUAUUAUUUUCGAGAUCUUAUCGGCAAGGGCAUGAACUGGACAUGUUUCGAGUACGACUGCAAUGUGAAUGUAGUGCUUAGGAAGCUGGGUAGAUGCGAAGGCAUGGCUCAAGAUAUACGACAAUACGUGCACACGUCUUCGAAACGGGGCGCACUUUCUAUGGCGUGCUGGCUAUCUCAUGCGUACGCGACUUGUGUAGAUGAUACCCUGAGCGCGACGUGUGGAGACCCAGAAUCAAUGCUAAAACAUCCGAAGCUUGCCAAGCACGGAGCAGAAAUGAGAAAGCAAGUGGAUUGGGUUUGUCAAACAGAAAACGAUAGUUCGUGUGACGAGAAAGUGCUCCUGAAGAAUUUGUCUGUUUGUGAUGGAUUUAUUGACGUCUUCGUUGCACCGAAUGUUAUCGACGAACACAACGUCGGUCAACUGAAAACUGCGUGUAGAGGGGUCCGACAGUUCCAAAAGUGCGUACGAAAAGUUGCGAACAAACACUGCUUGGAGCCCGACAGUGUAGGGUCUCUGGAAGCUCAGAAAUACCUGAGAGAAUAUUAUUACCAGUAUAGCUGGACGUGCAGUGUUGUCGAGGCACUUCCUGACGUGAACAAGUGCAACGUCGAGAAACUUCUUGAUCGUCUUCCUGAGUGUAUGGGCUUUCUGAAGAACAGACUCCUUGGACUUAAAAUUGCCUACAUCGACGCGCAUGACUUACCAAUAUACAACAGGUACAGACAAGAGUAUGAAAUGUGUGUAAUGGAAGUGACGAGGCAUGUAUGUGGACCGAGCGCGUACGCCGUACCCAGCAACCGAGAAGUGCUGAAGUACACCAGAGACAACGUGCAGCUGAAUGCUUACCUACGGGAGUCUGUCUCGCCUAAGGCAGAUCCCAGAUGCUUCCGAAAUUACGUCAACAAGAAGCUAGACGAAUGUGAAGGCAUCAUUCUCAUCCAUAUGCACUCGCAACUUUCGAAGCGAUCUCACGUGCUGCAACUGUGGGAAGCGUGCAGUUCUUUGGAGGACUACGAAUACUGCGCGAACCUAAAAUUAAACAAAGUAUGUGGCACGCUUCGUAACAAUCAAGUAACUGCAGAGGCGCGGUCGAAGAUUCGGGAGACGCUGUAUAAAUACUCCUGGGUCUGCAAGAGGAACGAAGAACCAGCGAUCAGCAACUGCUCCAAGGAGAUCCUUGUGAGUCACAUGAAGGAGUGCGUCGGCUUCCUUUCCAUAUUUCUUGUGAAUCGUGCUGAUGAACUUGGCAGCAACAAUACGUUAUUGUGCAAGUACGUUCGAGAAUAUCAAAACUGCACGCAAGCGGUAUUACGGGACCUCUGUCCGCAACCAGCUGCUCUGGUCAACUACGACGAAGUGAAACAAUACACCUCGGAACUGUAUUCUCGCUACGAGAGUGUCUGUCAAAAAGCACCCCGUUGUGAAGAACAAGAGCUGGUUGCCAACCUGUCACAAUGCAUGGGCUACGUCACUGUGAACGUUCUUCCCGACUUGAAGAAGACUGCUGAAAGAAGCAGACUGCAUUUGGCUUGCAGCGGUCUACAAGCGUUCCGCCGAUGUGUCAGAAUGACAGUGCCAGACGACUGCAAGGAGUCACCCGUGAUGUUCGCUACGAGUGUGCAAUAUUAUACCACCGAGCUCUACCGCAAAUAUAGCUGGGCUUGUGAUGUGAAUGCCACGGCUCUGUGCAACAUUCAAGCACUGCGGAAACGUCUCCCGAUGUGCACGGGUUUCAUAAACUAUAAGGCAGCUACUAACGCUAUAAAGUCUGACAGACGAGCAACGAAGUCUGCAUGCAGUGCCGUCCUCGACUACCAGAGGUGCGUUCAAGGAAUUAUCUCGGAAGUCUGCCUGGAGCACGAGUAUUUACCCGAAUCCAGCGAGAUCAAACACUAUGUCCGAGACAUGUACCUCAAGUACUAUUGGACGUGUCAACCGGAAUACACACGCAGGAAAUGCGACGAGGAAAAGCUCAAGACGGCCCUAUACACUUGCCAAGGUUUUGUGAAAACCCAGGUUGUCACAAACAUUCAAAACAACGGGAGCCUUUUACGCAUUCCUGAAGCGUGCAGUGGACUAAAUGACUACAAGUUUUGCCUGUGGUACCAAACUCAAGAGGUGUGCAAGUCUCGUCAGACGCCCGAAACACUUGGCGUUGAGAAAUUAUUUCCUCACGAACACAAGUUUAUUUGCAAUGCUUUCACGAAACAAGUGUCGCCCACAGAAUCUAGCUGUAACAAGGAAGCUGUUGUAGCAGCCAUCUCUGAGUGCUCCGGCUACAUGAGAGAUUAUAUCCUGCCUAAUAUCAUCGAAUAUUCUGAAGAGACAGUUCGGACCUCCGCCUGCAAGGGAUUUGUCGACUACAAGGAAUGCGUCAACUCCGCAAUCGAAAGAGUAUGUCCAAAAGCGAGGUUAAGACCCGCUGAUGCGUCGCAGAUAAAUGGCUACAAAGACCAGCUUUACCAGAAAGUUAACUGGACAUGCCUGCCGGGAAACUCACACUUAUCAAACGUCCCAUGCAACAUUGACGAGAUUCAGAUGAACUUGACGACCUGCCUGGGGUUCAUCGACAGCAUUUUAAGUUCCAAAAGAGCGAAGCGGUCAAAAGGAGAGUGCCAGAAACUCGAACAGUUCCUCACAUGCGUCAACUUCCAUACCCAGCUCCCAUGUAGCGGAAUACAGAAAGUGUUAGAGUCCCGACGCAUCAAGUAUUAUACACACACGAUCAGCGAUUAUAUCAAGAAUGCCUGCGCCUCUGCGGAAGAGCCUGAUGCCUGUAUCAAGAAAAGAUUGGUUCCCAAGCUGAAAGAAUGCUAUACAUUCGUGAAGUACAAAGUGCAACCAACUGCGAAGCGGUUUAGCGAUAAGAGCGUCCUGCAGACCGCCUGCCAGGCCGUCCAAAACUACCAGGCUUGUGUUCAGGACGCGUUGCAUACAACGUGUAACUCGAGCGAAGAUGUUGUGAACGAUGACGACGUGUGGAAGUACGCUGUCUAUCAUUAUGGCGUCUACAACUGGACGUGUAAGAACGGCGUAUAUAGAGAAAUCUGCCGCAAGGAAUUCCUCCUUGGAAACCUAACCGAGUGCAUAGGGUUCCUCUCUGUAUGCGUACGCCCUCUUAGCAAGGACAAGACAAACAUGCCGAAACUGAAAAGCGCCUGCGGUUCGUUGUUAGGUUUUAGAAGAUGCGUCAUGUCCCGCGUUCUCUCCUCCUGCCAUCCGAGCAGCGCCAUACUGGACGCGCAAGAAAUCAGGAGAUAUACUCAUGAACUGUACGAUCAACACAAGUGGGUUUGUGACGUCGCAGAUACCAACGAAUUUGAAGAACAAAUGCGAUGUGACGACACCAAUAUUGUGAAGCACCUAAAGAACUGCUAUCCGUUCAUUCAGUACAAUGUAAUUCCGAACAUACCAAACAAUGAAGUGGAAUCUGCAAUUAACACAGCAUGCAGUGGUGUGCGAGACUACCAGUUUUGCAUUAGGACAGCCCUUCAGACAUGCAGGUACAACCAAAGCAUUCUUGAAGACGUAAUCGUCAAGUACUACACACGGGACGUUUACGAUAAAUACAACUGGACCUGCGAGACUGGAGUGUUCUGUCGACAAGAGGAAUUGCUGCGCAAUCUUAGCCAAUGCAAAGGAUUCUUGACGUACAAAGUACUCCCAAAUGUCGCUGACAAAAAAGACCAAUGGCGGCUAAGUCUGGCCUGCAAAGGUAUCAAAGACUACCAAAAGUGUAUCGAUUACACGGUUGACGUGAAAUGCCGACAUAGCAAGAUUCUUGUUGAGAACAAGCUCUGGGAACACACCAACAAGUACUACGAGGAUUACAAAUGGACGUGCUCAGAGCGAUCUAGUUUCCCGGAACCAGAAUGCGACGAGGGAAAGUUGGAAGAAGGCCUGAACGAAUGUCUAAGCAUCGUGGAGUUCGACGUGAAGCCCCACGCCACAACCCCUAAGGAGAAGGACCACAUGAAAGAAGCAUGCACGUACCUAACGGAAGCACAACACUGCGCAAGAGUGGCGAUGUUUCAGAUCUGCGACAACUGGCCGCUACCAGACACUCCAAAUAUCAAGAAGCUACUGUAUAGGAUAAUCCAAAAGUACAACUGGACUUGCGCAGCAGCUAGUGACUACAAGGGCACAGCUCAACUGACGUAUAACUCGGAAAGCUUUCGCGAUGCCAUCAACGAAUGCAUGGGAUUUGUCACUAUUACCCAACCUUCGAGGUUUCAUUCCACCAGUCGGCGAUCAGACACUACCUGCAGCCAUUACCAAGACUACAAAUAUUGCGUAGCGAACAAGCUUUCAGGGAUGUAUCUCGCCUACGAUGAUUUCCUUGAGAAAGUGGACUCCACGAAUGCUACAACUCCAGAGAUGUCUAACAUUAGACAUAUUUGCUCUUCCAAAGCUUCAUCAGGUAGUCCUUGCUCUACGACUAACCUACGCAACCAGUACACCAGAUGUGUCGGCAACCUGCGCAAGUUCGCUUUGCCAUUGAUCCAUGGAGCUGUUGGUCCAGCAGGUGUUGCCAUGGGAUGCAGGUAUUUGGAGAGAUACAAGAAGUGUCUGGUCAUGAAGACUGAUAUUUCGUGUACGAAAGCCAACAGCUGGGCAAGAAAUCCAGUGAGGCGGCAAUUCGAAAGAAUUUAUGAAGAUCUCGGUACAUUUUGUGAUGCAGAAAAGCACUGCCAGCCGAGUAGCCUCGUAAAAACACUGAACCAGUGCGACGGGAUUUUCCAAUUUGCCGUGCUUCCAUUCACCGUGGAAAGGACCGACCCGGAGAAACUGCGCGUUGCUUGCAAGGGAUUGCGCGCUUACGAACGGUGUCUGAAGACUAAACUGCUACCAUGCGACUCCAGCGAGGAAUUGCUCUCUAACAGUGGCAUAAGAGACUCGCUGGUGACCAGGGUUGACAAGUAUAAAUGGGUGUGCGACUACGUCCCUAAACCUGUUUGCAACGAGGCCGAGAUCUCGGACGCCUUCCAAGGGUGUUUCGCCUACCUGUCUAACCACACGCGCAAGUCUAUUUCGUUGGUGGGGCGCAACGUCAAGAAUUCCCAGUUCGAACGAAUGUGCAGUGACGUGAAAGCCUAUCAAUUUUGCGUUCACUCGGCGGAGAAAAGUAAAUGCAAAAACGAGUACGUGCUACCUGAAUCCAGGAAUAUCCAACUGUACACACGAAAAUACUACGAUCUGUACAACUGGAGUUGUGACUUGUUCCUCGAGAACUAUGCCAAGUUGGGGCGCACUGUUUCUGCGAAGGAUGCAGAGCAAACCUGUACUAAAGCUACGCUCCACCGCGCUGUGACGAGCUGUCUGGGAUUCUUGCAUGUCUUUGUCUAUCCUAAGCUGAACCGAUUCCUCAAAGAUUCUGAGCUUGCCGAGGCUUGCGAUGCCAUCUCGGACUACGAAUAUUGCGUCCAAAUACAGGUUAAUAAACAAUGCGCUGGUCGAAAUGUCAAAAUAUUACAAGACCUAGAUAUAUCCUACUACACGAAGAUGCUACCGAAUGAGUACAGAUGGGCAUGCACGACCAAGAGCCAUGUCGCUCCGCUGUGUUCCGAGGAUUCCUUACUGGACGACCUCAAGCAAUGUUACAAAGUAGUCCAAGAAAAAGUAACUCCUUACCUUCACGACAAGAAGGACACUGCUAAGACAGUGAAGAACGAAGCUCUUGGGCUACUCGCCUGCCGGGGCGUCCUCGACUACCAGGCAUGCGUUGCCAAGAAGACGGAACACUGCGCACGGUCGUCGCAGGUGCUCGAAAAGACUGAAGUGAAAUAUUACAUUUCAGAUGUGUUUCACAUGUACAACUGGACGUGCCAGCAAAGGGCUCCAGUCUGUCGAAGUGCUGAAUUAGUGGAGAGCUUGAAGACGUGUGAAGGGUUCGUUGAGCACGGUGUGUUACCAUACACAGGGAACAGUUCGCGUUUGAACCAACUAUCGGCAGCUUGUAGAGGAACACGGGAGUUUCAGGACUGUGUGCGGAGCAUUGUCCAACGUCGUUGCCAGGACAACAGCGACGUGCUGAGCUCUAUGGAAGUCCUCCGCUAUACCGAAGAUCUGUUUGACAAGUACAACUAUUCCUGCCAAGACCCCGAGCAUGAUUCUUUGUGCAUGCAAGAUGCAGUACAGGACUUCCGCGGGUGCCUAGGGUUUUUGAAUACUAAGGUUAUGCCAGUCGAAGAUGAGUUGCACGACCAAGUUACUCUCACUAGAGCCUGCAGAGCGGUGCGUGACUACAAGGACUGCAUAGAGGACAUCUACGUAAAACGAUGUCAUUCCAAGGUGCUUCCGUCAACUGCAAAAAAUCUGGAAUAUACUGCAGACCUAUACCACCGUUACAACUGGAUGUGUAGGUUUAUCGAACCAGUACCAGGCACCUGUAACGUUGACUUAUUGGAGCGAGACCUUCGUAAGUGCAUGGGAUUCAUUACCGAGAAAGCCGUGCAUGUUUCGAGGUACCAAAAAAUGCCAGUCAAGAUGAGCGACGCAUGCCGGAGCCUGGAAGAAUUCAAAUCCUGCACGAAGUGGAAACUAUUCCAAGCUUGUCCGACUAGCAGUGAACGCUUAAUCAUUCAGCGUUCCGAUAAAAUUCUUCGAUACAAGGAGAUCUACAGAGAGUAUAAGAGCGAGUGCGAGAAGUUCAAUAACCAAGAUAAAUCCUGCACAGAAGAAAACCUUUUCGCCAACUACAAAUCGUGCACUGGUUUCGUCACUCUCCUGGUUGAACCCCUUUCUGUGAAUGUGACUUUUACGAAUGACAUGGCAAAGAGCCUCGCAUGCAGUGCUUACAAGGACUACAGCUCCUGCCUGUUUAUGAGAACCGAAGAGCUGUGCGGUAGCAAAAAUGGUUACCUUCACUUUGAAGGCGUCCGCAUCUUCAUACGCGAGGUCCGCAAUAAUCACGACAAGAUCUGCACCCCAUAUGAGAAAAACUGCUUGCUCCCGAGCCUUCUGGAUUCCCUGAGCGAAUGCAGGGGCUUCCUGCUUCUGAAUGAAGUGGCCGAUCCCAAGGAUACGAUGAAUUAUGCUAAGGCAAUGCACACCUGCAGAGGCCUCAAUAUGUUCAAAACCUGUGUCAACAAGACACUGGGUAGUACGUGCACUGCCAACGACGUAGCCCCCAAGACGAACGAAGUGCUCGAAUACAAAGAAUUGGCUCUUUUGAAAUUCAAGUGGGCGUGUGAAACGAUGGAAUUUUCCAAGGGAACGGAAUGCGGAAGCAAAGGUCUCGAGUCUCGUCUCAGACGUUGUGCAGGACUGGUAAGCGUCGUCGUCGACCCUGUCGCACACGACGUUCUCGCCAACGCGACGCAGAUUGACGUAGCUUGCAAGUUUACCAAGUACUACCAGGAUUGUAUUGCACACGCGCUGCGAAACGAGUGCAAGGCUGCUGCACCGCCACAGGCUCCAGGAGUCAUGAAGUACAUACGCGACCUUUAUUAUAAGCACGCUUGGACAUGCAAAAAGCGACAAAGUCGCUGUGACAAGGCAGAACUAUUGAAACACCUCAAGUACUGCAAGGGCAUUCUGACGUUCAAGGUGCAUCCUUACAUGGAGAAAAAGUACCUUCAAGAAGCCUGCAGCGGUCUCAACGAGUUCCAGCUUUGCGUAUCGUCCACCGCGCGACUGUACUGCAGUGACCUCACUGUUCUCAUGUCACACGAGGCGCGUCAUUAUACGGCCGAUAUUUACGAGCACUACAAAUGGGUGUGCAGUUCCGGUGAAAGAACUCUAAAAUGCUCCAAGGCUUAUGUUGUUGCGAACCUCGAAGAAUGUUUGGGACUCCUCGAGUACAUGGUUCUUCCGGUGGUAGAAGCUGAGCAAAAGGACGACGUCAAAUUACACACUGCGUGCAGAGGCGUCGAGCUGUAUCAGCAGUGCAUUCGAGAGAAGUCGAAACUGUGCUCUAGUGCUACUGGCUACUAUGACACCAAGGAUGUGAAGCACCUAACGGAGACUUUGUAUUACAAGUACAACUGGACGUGUUUCACAAAAGCGGAAGCCUUGAAAUGUGAUGCGAGAGACCUCUUGGCGAACCUCAGUGAGUGCGUUGGUUUCAUCAAGAUGCAAGUGCAGCCGCUUUCUGACGAUUCCUCCAACAAAGCCAACAUUCAGUACGCCUGCAGCGCAUUAAAAGACUACCAAGCGUGCGUGAAGGCUCGUCUGGAUUCAUCCUGCAAAAAGAACCCACUCGUGGAAGUGCCCAGAAUAAGCGAAUACACAACUGAGAUUCCAGCGAGAUACAAAUGGGUCUGCGAAGCAAGUGCAGGGAAACGGAGCUAUUGUGAUGAAGGCGACAUCAAAAGCAGCCUCAUGGAGUGCUUUGGUUUUGUUCGAUCUAUCGUCGUACCCAAUGCGGCCCAGCCCAGUGUAAAUUCGCGGCUAAGAGUGGCUUGUUCAGGCAUUCGUGAAUACCGCGCCUGUAUUCACACGAGGAUCAAGGCGAAAUGCGAAGACGACGAAAUAAUUCCACAGGACCCCGCGUUCACCCGGUACAUUUCUGACGUUCCCACGAAGUACCUCUGGACAUGUGAAGACACCCAGUACCCAAGGAAAUGUUCGGAAGCCACUUUCACACGGAGGCUGCGCGAAUGCGCCGGAUUCAUCGAAGACCUUGUCGAGCCUCUCUCGCGAAACACUAAAGACCGCUCGAAGACAAAUCCUGCUUGCGGAUCCUUGGAGGCCUAUGCCAGCUGCGUGUUGUUGGAGAUUAAACGCUGCGAUGGAAGCCCUGAGCUCUUGGUGUUACCCUCUACGAAACGCUACACAGACGACUUGUACGAGAAAUACAAGUGGGUUUGCGAACCACAGCUGCUGGAAGCCGCGCAAUGUCAAGAGAAGGCGCUGCCACUCUUCAAAGAGUGUGUUGGAUUCGUUAAUCAGAGGACCAUUCCCAAUAUACGGAUGUCUGACGAUAAGCAUCGAAUGAAAAUAGCAUGCAGUGGAGUGCGGGAGUAUCAGAGAUGCAUCACCUCUUCCGUUGAGCGGGUUUGCGAUGACCGGCAUAUGCAGGAGCUGGAAAACGAAGACGUCAAAUAUUACUCCACCGUACUCUUCAACAAGUACAACUGGGUCUGCCGCAUCAAUACGCCGAGAUGCGAAGCCGCAGAGGCCCUAAGAGAGCUGAAGACGUGCAUGGGUUUCAUCUCCUUAAAUGUUGUUCCUUAUUUGACAAAAGAGCCUGACAUAUAUCGACAAGCAGCAUGCACCGGGCUGGAGGACUACCAGUCUUGCAUUCACGCUAAAGUGGACAGGCGCUGCAAGGAGCUUGAAAACUUGGAAGAAGUCCGUGCUCUCACGACUCAUAUCUCGAAAAAGUACUCUUACACGUGCGAGCUCAUACAUACCGCAACUGUCUGCGGAUCUGAACGACUCUUACCGAGGUUUGAAAUGUGCUACAAGAUACUUAAGAGACUCAAGCUGUCUUACGAAAUGCCAUCAGAAUAUCUAGGGAACAAGUCGUUUAUAUGCGAGGCGCAUAACCAGUACAAAACGUGCAUACAGAAGGAAGUCGCGCAAGUAUGUGAAGAUGAAAAGAUCGUGGCAGGAUUCGCAGAUCUUCGCCCUUUUAUCCAGACUCACAUGAACACAUACAAGUGGGCUUGCGAGACGCCUGUAUCAGACGACAUUUGUACUGAAGAUAACUUACGCAAUGGCCUUAGCGGGUGCCUCGGGUUUAUCGAUAUCCACGUGUCACCUAACUCGUACAACGAGCUGGAUAUAUUCAACAUGAGGGCAGCCUGCAGUGGCUUCAACGACUAUAUAUCCUGUUCCCGCAACGUUCUGGCUUCGCACUGUACCGAGCGCUUCGACGCCACUCAAUUCAAAAGCCUACGACAGUAUCUAGUAGAUCCUUAUAAACGCUACAAGUGGGUCUGCAAGAAGCUUCCGCCACACGGACGCUACAUCGUGGAAUCUCCAGCUACGUGUAGCCCGAGGUGGAUUGUAACGAAUAUGACUCAAUGCCUGGGACAUCUCAAGAUCCGUGUUGUGGGUUCUACACGUGUUCACGGGAACAUAGCGUUCUCAAGACAAGUCUGUCGUGGCCUCACUGACUAUCAAAGAUGUAUAGAUAACUCAAUACCUCAAGAGUGCAUCAGAGCAAAGAACGUUCUUGAGAACCCUGAGAUCAAGUAUUUCCACUCGACGGUUUACAGCAAGUACGCAUGGAUCUGCGAAUCAAUUCCUUCUACGGUUGUGGAAUGUUACCACAACGUGUCGUACUUGCUUUCGGAGUGUGAGGGCUUCCUCUGGACCGAUGUCACCGUAGGUGACAUGACAAAUUUAACUUCUGCUACCAUCAAGCGUUCUUGCCAGGGAGUACGGAAUUACCAGUCCUGUAUUAUUACAACCCUAAAAGACCAAUGUGGAUCGAACGAGAUCAUAGCAGACGUCAGAGAAGUUGCCCACUUCACAGAGGAUCUCUACAGAGUGCACCAAUGGACAUGCGAACUCUCUCCUCCAGGUCAAGGUUCUCACUGCAACUCGGAAGUGCUACUUCCGAAGUUCAGAGAGUGCGUUGGAUUCAUCGAUUUCGAAGUAGCGCGAUUUUCUACGGACCCUUCAAAUGUCCAUCAACUCCACAUCGCCUGCAGGGCUCUGAAGGACUUCAAGUCGUGCAUAUGGUCAGAGGUCGUGAAAUACUGCGAUGUCGGCGACAACACGUUGACAGGAAUGCCAGCUGAAGUGCAGCACUACAUGUACAACAUAACAAACCAUUAUAGUUGGGUGUGCGACCUCGACAGACCCCAAGUACCUGACUGUACCAAGGCGAACUACUUGGAAAGAAUACGUCGCUGCAAAGGAUAUGUUGUGAUGAAAGUACUACCCAACAUUCAGAACAAGACCGACAUUGCCAAACUACAAAUGGCGUGCCAAGGUGUGCACGAGUACCGCUGGUGCGUGUUGAACCAGACCAUACUAACAUGCCCUAAAGUGACGAACCUGAUGACGUCCGACUCACUAGAAGAGAACACACAUAAGCUUUUCAGUGACUACCUCUGGACCUGCAGCCAGAACAUAACGAAACAGAAAAUUGCGAUACUAGAAGACAAGACCGAAACACAACCGUGCGACGAGAACAGACUCGAAGAAGAGCUGAACGAGUGCAGCGGGUUCAUGAAAUAUAUGAUUAUUCCGCAUACCAAUUCACGUUCCAAAGCCCUGUCUGCGUGCAAGGGACUGUUCUACUACGAGAAAUGCAUAAAUCAAGUCGUGAACCAGCAGCAGUGUGAAAACGACAGCCUUGUCAAGCAGUCCAACGCUGUAUUGUCACGAAUGGACACUCUUAAGAAAUACUCCUUUGUCUGUACAGUGCCACAAAACAACGAAAUUUGCGCGAUCACCUUCCCCCGUCUUCAAGAGUGCUAUGGAAUUGUCCAGGCCAUCGUAGCUCUGAAGGCUAGCCUCAAAGGGUCGAAACGGGACCUCUCGGAGUCCUGCAACGCCCUUCAGCACUACGAAAACUGCAUCAACGAGAUAUACAAGGAACACUGCCCAACCGAUUCAUUAUUUCCUGCAUCUCCGGACGUCUUUAAAUACGCAGUUGAUGCUCAGCUCCGCUACAGGUGGACAUGCAUUCCUAGGCCACAGCAAACUUGUUCGCUCGCUGCUGUGAAAGCGAGGCUGAAGAUGUGCAUACCUUUUCUGACAGUCGUUGCCGAGGACGCGAAGAAACGAAAAAGCACCAACGAAGAGGAUUUGAAAGAGAUGUGUCGGGCUGUAAGCUAUUACGAAACCUGUGUAGCUGAAGAGGUGUUCGACUCUUGCAGCAGGCUUUCAAUGGAAGUGAUACUUGGGGAAAUUGAGGAGUACUUUAAGCCCGUCGAUGAUUUCAAAGAAUACUGUCCUGACUUAAGGCCUCAAGCAAUUCCGUGCACCGAGGAAAGUCUACUAGAGAAUAUAAUCCAGUGCACGAGCAUCAUCACCAGCGCUGUCAUUCCAUUUUCUGCCAACGGGAGCGACCUAGAAAGUGUGGUCCAAGCAUGCAAGUACCUUCGGUUCUACAAUUCAUGCACUUCACGCUCAAUAGACGCCGCUUGCGAAAAAGUUAAACCCGACGUCCUGGGAAAGAUACAGAACCUCACGCAGACUGUUCUCUCUAAAUACGACUGGCUUUGCUCUUCAAACGUAACCACCUGCGAGUACCAGUCCAUGUGGCAGCCACUGGGAGAAUGUAGCAAAAAGUGGAUCACGUCAGAGCUUCGUAAUGUCAGCAAAGAUGACAAGGACAUUGUAAGACUAAACAAAGGCUGUAGUGCCUACCGAGAUUACAGGCAUUGCGUUGUAGAUGAAGCCGAAUCGAUCUGCCCUUUGGAAGAAUUGCUGAACAUGACCGCCGUUGACUAUGUCUCUGGCAGAGAGCUGUCAACAUUUUCCUGGGUUUGUGGGAGACACGAUCUUGUAGAAAGUAAUGCAACGCUUCCCGCGGAAGGUCAGUCAUGCACAAAGGAUGUACUCUCACGUAAUUUACACGAAUGCUCUGGAGUAUUGAAACAAGCCACUCCAUAUGCUGAGUCAAAAAUAUUUCUGAACCAGAUUUGCAGAAGUCUUCAUUUGUACGAACAUUGCAUAAACGUUACCCUAGACGAGUGUACAAGCAGGUCACACGUGAGGCUGUUCGACGACGUGCAUCAGGUUUCGAACGCUACAGAGAAGUACUACAGCAUGUGCCAACAGGAUAAAGGCGUGCCAUGUAACAUUACGGAGAGCGCUUUGAGCACCUGCGUGGGUAUUCUGAAAGCUGUGGUUGCACCCAACUCCAAUCCAAAUGCUGUCAGCAUCGAGCUUUCAGAAGCGUGCAAAGGCGUACAGUACUACCGUACCUGCAUUUUGAACACUUUCAAGGACACCUGCGGUACAAACGAAGGUUUGCCCGAAGAUGUCGAAGUCGAAUAUUAUGCUCUCGAUCUUCCAUUGCAAUACGAUUGGAUUUGCAAGGUUUCUCAGGCCCAAGAGGCGUGCGACUCCGGCAAACUUCAGCAGGAGAUUGCUGAGUGUAAAGGUUUUCUCAGAAUCGUCGACGAUUGGCUAUCGAACAGAAGCGAGAGGGCGCUAUGCAGGCUAUUAAAUUACUACACCUCCUGCGUGAAACAAGCGUACAGCGAAGUCUGCAAUAACAAACCAACGACUAUUCCUGAACUUGCUCAAAUUGGUGAAAAAUAUGGCUUCUACCAGGAUACUUGUAAACGCAAUUUAUUUGAAGUGCAUACCUGCACCAAACCCGCUGUGUCCAAGAUGAUGCAAGAAUGCCGCACGAUCAUGACAACUGUUGCCAUGCGGCUCUCUCAAGACAAAUCCAACAUCACCAGUCUCAAGACUGCCUGCAAGUACGUUCGCUACUACCAGCAAUGCAUCACUCAACAAGGAAUGCUGAUGUGCUCCAACGAAGCCUCCUUCAUAGGGGACGCUAUUAAGGAAUCUGCCGAAUACUUUAACGCUUAUAACUGGACCUGCGAUGCAGUGAAGGACGUGCCGUCAUGCAACAAAGAAACUUUCACGGAAAAAACUCAAGCAUGUUUCGACACUUUCAUUGCUGCUGUUGUCAUCCCGAACACUAAAGGGACUAACCUAGAUCAGAAAAGCCUUCAAGCAGCAUGCGUUGCUGUAAAGGAGUACCAGUUAUGCGUAACCAAGAAAGCUGACGUCAUAUGUGAAGACGAGUAUCGUCGGAACGACCGUUUGCUAGAAGUUUUCACUGACGGUGCUUUCGGAAUGUACAACUGGACAUGCGAAACGCAACGGCCGUUAUGCACAGAUGUAGAGCUUGAAAAGCAGUUUCAGGAAUGCCACAGGAUUGUGGAAGUCUACGUCAUUCCCAACAUCCAGAAUGUGUCAGACUCCCGCCAGCUCAAAGUCGCAUGCAAUUCCACAAGGAAAUAUCAAACCUGCAUCGUGAACACAGUUGAAACCCUGUGUCCAAGGAAGCAGAGUGUGGAGAAUAAAACUAUGAAUGAGCUGACGCACAACAAGUUUGGCAUGUACAACUGGACUUGCGAAAUUAAAGCUGCUACCUGUACAGAAGACUACAUUGGCACGCGCAUUGUGCCUUGUAACGACGUUAUGACGAACCUCGUUAUACCUUUCGCUAAAAAAGGAGCAAGCUUGGCUCAAAUGAAGGCUGCUUGCAGAGGCGUGCAGGAAUAUAAGCAAUGCGUCAUUCAGACUGGCUUCCAGUCGUGUAAAGAGGGCGUGAACGACACCAAAUUGCUGAACAACGUGACCAACAACCUGUUCUCCUUCUACAAUUGGACUUGUGAAAACCAAGAAGGCGUCUGCAAACAAGAGUACCUCGAAAAUUGCUCUCGCUUGAUCACAACAGGCGUUUCACAAAACGUUAAAGAGUCUCGUGAUCUCCAUAAGCUUAGACAAGCGUGCAAGAGCGUACGAAGGUAUCAAGACUGCGUUGUUGCAAUGGACAAAUUAUGCCCAAAAGAAGGGAUCUAUUCGUCAAGCAAUUUGUCGGAAGAAACUGGCGGACUCUUUGAUAUGUACAACUGGACGUGCGAGUUUGAAGGAUGUACAGCCUUGUCGGUAAAAUUUGCACUGCAACCUUGUGCGGAUAUCUUGGAUUCUUCAGUAGAGCCCUACGCCACUAACUCUUCCACAGACGAAAAUCUUGAUGCAGCGUGCAAGGGCUUGCAUCGUUUCGAAGAAUGCUUGUCCGACGUACACAUGUCCGUUUGCGGUGACCGAAAAUUCCACGAAAUUGAGGUCUUGAUCAAUGCAUCUAAGACCAUCGAGUACUAUAAUUGGACUUGCAACACAGGCUCUGAAAACUGUACCAACAAAAACCUCGAGAAACACUUCCUUCAGUGUAGCAGUAUACUCAAUAUUCACGUUGUGCCGCACGCGUCCGGUGCACAGAAGAACGUCGAAACCUUGUGCAAAUAUGUGCGAGAAUAUCAGAAAUGUCUGUUAGAAGGGGGCAAGGCUUACUGUCCGUCUGCAUCGCCUGACAUCAAAGCGCUUAACGAAAUGACGGGAGGUCUUUAUGCGAAGUACGAGUGGCUCUGCACUUUCAAUCCAAAAGUAUGCGAUCAGAGUGUCUUCGCCCCUGUGCUCCUGGAAUGCAUGCCUUCUAUCACGGACCUGGUGAUUCCAAACGUGGAAAUGAACAAAGACAGAGAGAAGUUAAAGAUCGCAUGCAGAGGCAACAACGAUUUUCAGCACUGCAUUCAAAGCAAAGGUCCGAAUGUGUGCCCUCAGACGGACUUCAGAGAUUUCGCACUCCUGGAAACCCUCACCAAAGGACUCUACGUGAAAUACAAUUGGACAUGCUUCGAAGCUGCCAAGAUGUGCUCGCGAGAGGAACUGAAAGCAGCCGUAGAGAUUUGUUCCUCGAUUAUAAGCACGAAAAUACUUCAGAACAUCAACGUCCAUGACAAAGCCCUCAUUCAUGAAUCGUGCAAGGGUCUCAGAGAGUACGGAAAGUGUAUGAAUACAUCGCUGUGGCGGCAUUGUCCCGGUGACGUCAGCACGGGCAGGGUCUCGUUGGCUGAUCUGACAAGAGAAAUCGAAACAAGAUAUAACUGGACCUGCUCAAUCAAAUUAAUGAAUUGCACUCAGGUCAGCAUGAAGGGUAUCCUUUCCAAAUGUGACGUGCACCUCCGGGACCCGCUACUUCACGACCUGGAGAUUCUAACGAGUGACGUCAAUAUUAAUAAAUCCUGCAGCCAGUUUAAACGGUACCAGAACUGCAUAGUGCAAGAAGGGAAAAAAGUCUGUCCAAACGACGACAUGGAAGACAUUAAUGUACUAACAGACAUUACGAAUGGUAGCUUCAGCAAGUACAACUGGACAUGCACUGCAAAUCUCCAAAACUGCACACAUGGAAACUUCGAUAACUUGCAUAUCGCCUGCUUCGAAACGUUCCUUCAAAAACUAAUUCCAAAUAUUCAUUAUCCGGUCUCCAAAGACACUAUGGACAUUGCCUGCGUGUACGUGAUGAAGUACCGUGACUGCGUCACGGAACGCAGCCACCACAUCUGUCCUGUGGACGAGAUUUUCAGCCCCGAAAGGCUGCAAAACCUCACUUCGGGCAUGUUCACGAAGUAUUACUGGGUUUGUGAGCCUCACAGUGUAAGCUGCACAACAGAGCACGUAAUGGAGGUGUUUGACGGAUGCGAGGAGCAUAUUCAUUACUCUGUGCUCCCAUACUCAAGGAACUACUCCAACUCAAAAGCCAUGAAAGUCGCGUGCCAGGGCAAUGCCAAGUACCAGGACUGCGUCAUAUACCACGGCAAUAACAUUUGUCCACAAGUGCAGUUCAAUUUACAACUGUUGAACAGCCUCACGAAAGGUUUAUUCAGCAAGUAUAACUGGACGUGUUCGGAUAACUUAACGGAAUGCACUCCGGGAUUGCUUACACCUGUCAUAGAAAAUUGCUCAUCCAUUAUGACAUCCGAUGUUAUCCCACUGCUGGAAGAAAGUUCAGAAGACUUAAUAGAAUCAGCUUGCACGGGUGUCACGAAGUACCAAGACUGCAUUCUGUCGGGGUUCCGAACGACGUGCUUCGAAGACAGUUUCUACUCAGCGUCAAAUUUGAACAACGUGACCCAGGGUCUCUUUAGCGAGUACAACUGGACAUGUAGCGGAGGACGACCAACCACUCAGCUUCCUGCACUUGAAUGUGACGCGAAGUUAAUCGAUAGCCGCUACAAAGAAUGUCUCGGUUUUAUCAAAGUGAAGGUGCAACCGUUCACGAAAGACAAGGCCUUGAUUGCAUUUUUGAAGGCUGCAUGCAGGAACAACAAUGCAUUCAAGCAGUGCAUCAACUCAAAAAUUCCAGCGAACUGUCUCCAGCAAGAGAGAGUGAUACAUUCUGUGGAACUCAAAUUCUACAUGCAGCUUUAUGAAAGCUAUAGGUGGACAUGCAAGCUCGGAUCUAUACCAGGCAAUUCAUGCGACGCUGGCAUUGAGAAAACACUUCAAGAGUGCAGCGGUAUUGUGACAACAUUAAUCCAGGAAGAUGUCUUCGUUUUGGACAACGAAGAGAAGCUAUCGGAGACCUGCAGGCACGUCAAAAAUUACCAGUCCUGCAUAAUGCACUCCCUCAAAGAGCUCUGUGGUGACAACGUGAUACUCCAGCAGAGUUCGGAAGCCAUUAAACAGCUUGUGCAAUCGUACAACCGCUAUGCAUGGACAUGCGUGGAUCGGCACAUCAAAAGGGAGCACUGCACGGCCGAAGUCCUCGUCCCUCUUCUAAAAGAAUGCCAAGGAUUCAUUGACUUUGUCGUUAAGCGAAAUGCUGCCUUGUCUUUUUCCGUGAUGGAUUCCUGCACGGGCCUCAUGGACUAUCGCACUUGUGUAUACACGGCUGUAAUAGAAACUUGCAAAAACAACUUGUCCGAAAUCGCGGAAGACUCCAGAGUCAAAUAUUACCUUAUUCAGCUUCCAAACAAACACCAAUCCGUGUGCGAGAAGCCAAAACCUUCCGAAUGUAAUGAUGCGACACUGAAGACACGCCUGCAGGAUUGUAAAGGAAUCAUUAAUUGGGUGGUCCUUCCAGUGUCUGAGGAGAGCGACUCUGCUCGCUUAAAGGCAGCUUGCGUUGGCCUGACAGACUACCAAAGAUGUGUGCGUAAAACGGCUAGUAUGGUUUGUCCAAAAGAGAACGUACAGUCCUCUGAUACGCUGAACAAGCUCACUUCGGGUCUUUUCUCCAAGUACAGUUGGACGUGCACAGAGACAAAGCAGGAAAUUACACAUAUUUCAACAAGCGAGCAGUCUUCAGCCACGACAGUGGCAAGCAGUACCGUGAAGCUUCCGGUGUGCACGGAGAAGUCAGCUGUGAAGGGUCUGAUGGAAUGUAUGGGUUUUAUAAAUCAAGGGGUGAUACCGAACAUCGCCUUCAAGGACGAUCAGGAAAAGCUGAGCGUUUCUUGCACGUCUGUCCGAAUGUACCAACAAUGCGUAAAUUACAAGACUCAGUUAUGCAGCAGCAACACUGACGUCUUGGGGUCACUCAUGGUGAAGUAUUACACCGUCGAGCUAUACAAGACGUACGAGUGGACUUGCAGACCAGUGGCCCCCAGAGCCAUCUGCAAUCCUCUCCUAGUUUUGACACACUUUGAGAACUGCUCGAAGGUCUAUAACAUAUCUUUUGUUGACAUGAAACCCGAAGAUGCCAGUUCAUUGAAGCUCGAUACCAUGUGCUCGGCUGUGUCACGUUACCAGAACUGUGUUGACUCUGAAGUUCAGGAAAAAUGUGGAAAACGGAUAUUACCUCAAACCUCACACGUUGUUCAUUUCAUGAGAGACCUUUACAACCUCUACAACUGGAGCUGCAGUCAGCAUCGCACAGAAAACUGCGAAGUGAACGAAGCAGUAAACUCUCUGUCGGAAUGUCUCGGUUUCCUCGACAUUCUGGUCAUACCCUACGUCAAGAACACGUCGAAGAAUUCAUCACUAGAAAGUGCAUGCGUGGGCUACCAGGAGUUCAGGUACUGCGUCCUUUCACGCAUUUAUGGAAGAUGUGCUCGUAACGCCUAUGUACUGCGGCUUCCACGUGUCCAGUAUUUCACGCAAGAACUUCUCCACAACUACAAGUGGCUGUGCGAGGCAAUCCACCACGCUAAACAACCAGAGUGUGACAGUAAAGCAUUGCUCGAUCAGCUGAAAAUCUGCUACAACGACCAUGUUGAGAGCAAAGUUCUGCCAAAUGCUAUAAUCGGCGAUACAUCGCUUAAAGUGAGACUUGCUUGCCGCGCUCUUAAUGACUACCAGAAAUGUGUGAACUCCCAAAUCAAGACACUGUGCCCAACAGACCGUGGCCAGGUCUUAUCUUUGGAUGCGGUUCGAAAUUACACUUAUCUGGUGUAUGAAAAGUACCAGUGGACGUGCGAGAUACAGCCAGAAUGCAACAAGGACGUUUUACUCAACGAACUCCUAAAGUGUAAAGGGAUUAUAAAUAUCAAGGUAUUCCCCAAUUCCCACAACAUGACUGACUCUGUGAAGCUGGAUGAGGCUUGCAAAGGCGUACGGCUCUACCAGUCUUGCAUAACAAGCAGAGCCAGGGAAAAGUGCACGAUAGACUCGCCAGUGUUCCUAUUGCCUGAAGUGGCCUAUUUAAUCUUUGUACUGUAUAACAAGUACAAUUGGACUUGCUACCAUCCAAAUCCGCCACUACGUGAAGGAGCAACUGCAGAGACGGGAAACUCCACUCGUAUUGUCCAGGAACUCAGAGAAUGCUACGGAUUCAUUGAGUAUAAAGUGGAGAGUCCAUUAUCGCAGCCCUUCAGAGAAUACGGCACAAGAGAAGCGUGCUUAGGUGUACGAGAUUAUCAAAAGUGCAUCCAACACAAGUUGGGUCAGCUUGAGGCUCAACACAACGCCCUUCCAACUACGCAAGACAUCAGAUUCUAUACCAAUAUUGCGUUCAACAAGUACAACUGGACCUGUGAAAAUCUGUUCCACGAAGGGAGUCUUUCUUGUUCUGUUGACAAACUAGAAAGUGGAUUACGGCAGUGCAGAGCCUUUGCUGAUCUAGCCAUAGCUGCUGUAUCAAGCCAAGCUAGCUCCGAAGAACUUUGCGAGUACUAUAUGGACCAUCAACUGUGUAUCGAUGAACAGCUGAAUCAGUGCUGGUUCUUGCCUACCGUUCUGAGACUGGCACGUGUGCGUGUGCAUACGGAAGUCUUGGAUAGUAGCUACAAGAAACAUUGCCCUUUCUUGCCUCUGGACAAGCACGAGUGCAACCCUGAGACACUCACUAGCAACUACGAACAGUGCAUGGGGUUCGUGAACUACGGAAUCGUACCCAAUCUGGGAUCGGAAACUACAAAGUUGGACGUUGCAGAAGUGCAGAGGUACCUAGAAGACUACAAAGGCUGCAUUCAAGAGAUGACACGGAGGGCAUGCGGCAACACAAACCUGAGAGGCACAGAAGGUGCACUCACAAUACCUGUCCAAAAUGUGCAGAAGUACACGCAGCUCCUCAGUACCUACAACUGCUCUGACAGUUCCGUUGCCGCAGUAUUAAGAGAAUGCGACGGAAUCUGGGAUCUGGAUAUCGAGCCACUACUUAAGUACACGGACAACAGUGAUUUAAUUCAAGCGUGCACGUCGGUGGAAGUCUUCGGAAACUGCGUGAAGCAGAAGGUCCUUCCCUUAUGCGAGAAAAUGGAAGCUGCAAGCAGUUUCCAAAGUGUCAGCACUUACGUUUCGAAUGCCCUGGAUGUCUAUAAGACUAUAUGCUCCAAGGAUCUUAUUCCAGUGCAAGAAGCGAUGUGCAACAAAGCAGAUUUGAUAACAGCCUUCAUGGAAUGCAGUGGUAUCAUUGACUUGGACGUGAAUCCGUAUGCAAACGACCCAAACGAUCGCAUUAAAUUGGAUAUUGCGUGCAGGGGUGUCCGAGAUUACAAAAAAUGUAUCAUCUCGCGGCUGAACCCAGUCUGUGAGGACAAAGUUGUUCCAAUGACGAGCGACGUGACGAAAUAUCUGAGAAAUUACUAUAAUAUGUACGACUGGACGUGUAACAUGAGUAACGCAGCGCUUUCAGGUGCCGUGUGCGAUAUGCAAGAGCUGAAAUUGAACAUGACAAAAUGCGUUGGCCUCCUUAACAAGGAGUUUGACGUGUCCGUUGUAGGCCUGAAUACGGAUUAUUUCUGCAGCUUCCUUGAUGACUACAGGCUUUGCUUGAACAUUCAUACUAGCCCAGCGUGUAGAGGGAACAAUAGAGUUAUGCGCUCUCCGGACAUCCAGUAUUUUAUGUCGGACGUCAUAUCCAAAUUUCUCGGGUUGUGCAACAUCAUCGAUUUGAAAGAGUGCAAGAAAGAAAUCGUAAUGCUUGGGAUGCACAAGUGCAAGGGCUUCCUUGACUACUCCCUCAUUGAAGACCUUCAAGACGUUGGCGAAAAAGACGAAAUGAAAAGUGCCUGCAAGGGAAUUUCAAGCUACCGUCAUUGUGUCCGUCAAGAGUUGUUCAAGCUGUGUGAUGUUUCUGAUCCUGUUGUGCAAGAUACGGCAGUGCAGUACUAUGCGGUGGGACUUCCUCGAAAUUACUCUUGGGUAUGCGAUCUGCAUAUGAAACACGAAAACUGUUCAGUACAGAGCAUUCUGCCUUACAUAAUCGAAUGCCAGGGAUUUAUUCAAAGCGUCGGUGACCCCCACCGUCUGCAUAAAACGGACUCAUUCGGAUUAAACGUCGCUUGCAAUUUUGUGCAGCAGUAUAAACAGUGUAUCGACAUCAACAUCAGAUACGUGUGCAAAGAACCCAAGGUUCUCUCUGAGGUGUCAGAAAUCAGCUUCUACACGCAAGACCUGUACCACAAAUAUCUCUGGACAUGCAGUCGUAUAGGAAGCGAGAAAAAAAGUAUAUGCGAUGCGGAAGAGCUUCUUCUUCACCUGAAGCAAUGUGAGGUAUUUCUGGUGCACGGAGUGAUACCGUAUGUGGAUAACUCUUUCGAAACCCUUAAGUACAGCUACGUAUGCGACAAUUUCAUCACCUAUACGAAAUGCAUCCAGAAGGCCAAACUGACCGUGUGUAAAGGCAGGGACAUUGAGGCAAGGCCAGAGAUAAAAUACCUGUUGUUAAACAAAUACGAUGAAUACCGAUGGUAUUGUAACCCCAAAAAGGCCAACGGAGAGUGCACAGAGGCACACCUGCUGGACGAGUUCAGGCACUGCCAAGGUUUCAUCUCUGCUGUGGUGAAGCCAAGCAUGCAAAACAACAACGUUUCAGCGAUGGCACUCGCCUGCACAGCCUUAGAAGACUACAAGCACUGCAUAGUAUCGAAGCUCAGCCUCCACUGCGGAUAUGACACAACGCUUGUACAAAGACCUGCAAUUAGGGAACGACUUUUCGACAUCUAUGACAAGUAUAAGUGGAUAUGCGAAGAUUUGAGGAAGACCGAGUGCUCGGUUCGGACAGUCAUGCUGAAAAUCAAGCAGUGUGAACUGCACCUGAAUUACACAUCAACUCCUCGUUUAAGUAUGCAUGAUCCUGAGAGUAGCACCUUGAUCUGCAAGGGCCUCCACGAGUAUCAGACGUGUAUAGAGCAUGGAUAUAUGGCACUGUGUCCACAGAACGCUUCUGACCAUGUCUGGAGGGUAGUUGAAAGCAGCACAUCAAAUCGUGUCAAAUACAUACAGGAGGUUUGCGAACGACACAGAGUUCCCAUCACCUUAGGUUCCUGCAACGCGAAAAUGGUAAAUGAAAGGUCACAUCGGUGCAAAGGGAUCAUAGACACGAAUCUCACGCCUAACAUACGAAAAAAGAGCAAAGGUCCAAAACUUCAUGAAGCGUGCAGCGCUCUGAAGCAGUUCCAGCAGUGCAUUCGGCUGAACCUGGGAAACUGCAACAUGACCGCGGCGCUCGAUAAAGACGUCAGCAGCAAGUAUGGAUGGGUGUGCCGCGAGUCAUCGAAUCGAAGUACUGCAUGCAACGAAACGGAGCUUCUUGAAGAGAUGCAGGAAUGUCUUGGAAUUAUGUAUUUCAUUGUAAUACCCAACGCAGCCAUGAAAGAUAACAAAGUGGCACAAGCAAAGGCCUGCGAGGGCCUCAAGUACUACCAGAGCUGUGUGCUGAGCAAGACGUCUGAAGUGUGCGGAAACAAGAUUCUCGUCAGGUCUACCAAAGUGCGCCGUCUCACGCGCCACAUCACCAAGAAAUUCAGCUGGACGUGCAACUUGCUAAACAAUGGUACAGGAGAGAAGUGCAAGACUCACAAUAUCAUGGAGCCCUUGAAGACGUGUCUCGGAUUUAUUGAUCUCUCGGUGGCUCCCAAUAUCUUUUACCCAAUGGACAAAGACAAGAUGCAAGUUGCUUGCAGUGGCCUUGAAGACUUCCAAGACUGCGUCGACAGUAAAAUUUACGAGAUGUGUCCUCCGCAUACAAAGUACUUCAAGAGGAAAGACGUGAAGAUGUUCACCGAGUUUUUGCCAAAGAAGUAUAGCUGGGUCUGUCAAACCAACCACUUUCACCUUUGUAGACUGGAGAAUGUCAUACAAAAUUUAAAGAUUUGCAAAGGGCUAGUCACUCACGUUCUCUUUGGAUCCCUGGAGAACGAAAACCAUAGCAUGGCGUGCAGUGCUGUAGAGUCCUUCCAACUUUGCGCCGCUGUACAAGUUGGUAGAAUCUGCAACCCUGACGAACUAGUUCUGCAUCAUUACGACAUCAGAAUGACUGUCAAUGAGGUCUUGAACACAUAUGGCUGGGUUUGCAAUGCAUCUAUUCGCACAGACACGGAAGAUAUCCAGCAGACUUCCGCUCUCUUCCGUGACUAUGGCUGCGAAGAAGUGCUUCUAGUGAGCGAACUUCAGAAAUGUGAAAACACCUUGAAGAAAAGCAUUGCACCCGGUACUGCAAACGGCACAUAUAUCUCCACAGAUCUAGCGGAAACCUGCAGGUCCGCAAGUGUGUACCAGGAAUGUGUGCAAUUGGCCGUUCUAGAAUUCUGUCCCCAUAGAGAAGAAUUCAAAUCACCUGCGAUAACAUACUACACGAAGGAAAUUUAUCAUCGUUAUAACUGGACCUGCACUUCCGUUAAUGAUACUUCGUGCGACGUUCCUUCCCUUUUAAGCGCGAUGCCAACGUGUACCGAGUUGCUGAAAAACGACCUCAUUCCGCACAUCAGCAGCAUUGCUAAUGCAAAGACGCAACGACUGGCUUGCGAGGGCUUCAAACACUUCAAGCGGUGUGUCAGGUCCAUUAUGAGCUCUGUCUGUUUGAGCAGAACGAAAGCGAACGCCAGCCACUUGGGAGCAGUCGAUUUCCUUACCAAUAAGCUGAUGUCAAGUUUUCAAUGGGUCUGCAGUGGUUUCCACUGUAAUUCGCAUGCUGUCAUUCGAGAUGUCAGAGAGUGUGUCCACCACUUGGACGAUUUGGUUGCCUCUUGGACAAGAAAUUCAAAGGGCGACCCUUGCGAGAAGGUCCUUGCCUACAAAAGCUGCAUCUUGAAGAAAAUGAACUUAACGUGCACACUGAGCAGUCACCUAUUGCAGUCUAAAAAACUGGAGUACUACACUAGUGUUUUAUACCAUGCAUUCGAUGGCUUCUGCAAUGGCGUGCAACCAGAAUGCAACAAGGAGGAACUGCUGCACGCACUCUACAAGUGCGAAGAGAUAGUCACCGGACAGGUGCAGCCACACACAGUAGACAGAGGGAAUGCCUAUGAAAGUAGAUUAGCAUGCAGGGGUCUCACUGAGUACCAUUGGUGUGUUGCGAACGUGAAAAUGAUGUCCCAUUGCAAGUUCGACGAUGAAUCGGAGACAGACGGAGAGGCUGAUAAGUUCGUGUCCGCCAUUGAAGACAAGUACAAUUGGACCUGUGAGCAGGAUAAAAGGGUCUGUGACGUUCCGCGCUUCAAAAUGUCUCUGAAACAUUGUUUCGGAAUUCUGGCAUCCGCCGUAAUGCCCAAUAUUCUGGACUACAACAACUCCACGGCAUUGACAGGCGCUUGCCGGGGCGUUCAACGCUACCGCGUGUGUGUCAGCAGGAAGGUGGCUUCAUUGUGCCACAAGGAGAGGUCUGUGCUAUCCGAUGAAAUGCUAUACUUCAAGAGAAGGAUACCAAAGCUUCUUUCGUGGACCUGUUCCGCGGCCGCUGCAGAUGGCACAUGCAAUGCACAAGCACUCCUCAGGCAAAUGGCAACCUGCGCUUUUAAUUUGCAACAGAACGUCCUUCCGGUAACACACACAAACUUUACGUCAGCGGAACGUAUUGCUAUGUGCAGGGCUUACACGGUAUACAAGACAUGCUUGAGCAAUGUCAGCACCUCCACUUGUAGUAAGGACUCCGAGAUUCUAAAAAGCAAGGCAGUCCAUCAUUUCACAAUAGACAUUGCGAACAUGCACAAACAUUUCUGUGACUAUAGAGCCAAUGCGGCGCAGCAGCACAUCGAAGCUCAAAUCUCACAAUGCAAUGAAGACUCCCUUCGAGUGAAGUAUGCUGAAUGUGUUCAGAUAAUCUCGGAUCAAGUGAUUCCCUUCACGGACGAACCAAGUGACUCUCCACUUCUUGCUAGCGCCUGCAAGGGCCUGAGACGCUACGAUAACUGCAUCGGCAAGAUUCCAACCCAGGACUGUUCAGACGGGCUGAAGGUGCCCUUUUCAGAAGAAUCCCGGUAUUAUGUAGGUGUACUUCCAAAGAAGUACGAGUGGGUCUGCAAGGGAGGUUCUGAAUUUGUUUGCAAUCCUGAAAUCCUAUUGCUCUAUCUCGGACGAUGUGAAGCAACGUUCUUAAAGCCGCGCAUCCAUGACUACACUGACGUCGAUAUUCUUGGUGGCGGGAACUGUGGGGACGUGAAUAACUACCAGUGGUGUGUGCGUAACUCCAUCUUUGAGGCCGACUGCGAGUACUAUCAGAACAUCCUCACAUCUCCAGAAAUUAUGUCCUACACUGAGAAAAACCUCCAGCCAUAUGUAAAGACGUGCCACCUGAACCUGAAUUGUCAGAUAGGAUCACUCUAUACGGAUCUUUCGGAAUGCAUUCCCAUUAUCAAAGGCAAAGUGUUACCCUUCAUCGAGAAAGGCAGUGUUCAAAAUCCUGCCACUGCUUGUGGAGGCACCAAGGAAUAUCAAACUUGCAUGAAACGGGCUAUGCAGAAGUCCACGUGUGACAGGAGCAAAGUUCUGUUCAAGCUAGCAGAGGUUCAGUACUACCGCAGUUACCUGUUCAACGCAUACAACUGGACGUGCUUCGAACACGCAGCUCCUAUAGGAUCCUGCGACGAUAUACAAGUCCGCGGUGAAGUGAAAAAGUGUGACGCAUCUCUGCUACGAAACUCUUCAAGUAAACCAGCAUUUUGCAAUUCGGUGUCGCUCGCUAAAUACCUCAGCUGCGUUGACAAAAGCAGCGUCAGACUAGCGUGCAAUGACGACUCGGCCAAAGUUGCCCGUCUAGUAUCUGCAGUGAAGGAGAAUGUUGUGGAAUACCGCAACGUCUGUGGACUUGAAAAAAACCUGACUUUCUGUGGUUCCGAAUACCUGAAUAACGAGUUCGAGAAAUGUCAGCACGUGCUGCAGAAGUCUGACACGUUGAUCAAGGCAGCGCAAAGUCGAGAGACCAAAGUUAUUGACGCCUGUCGGGUGAUACAUAUGUUCACGUUCUGCACAGAAGCUGCAAUACUGUUAAGCAGGUGCAUGGAUGAUAUUAAUGCAGUGGCAGCAGUUCGCAAUUCAUCCAGCUCACUCAUCAACAGCUACAACAUCAAAUGCGUCACGCGAGAAUGCGACAAGAAUCAUCUACUGCAGAACCUCUACGAAUGCUAUUACAAGACACCAGCGCAUUCAAACUGCAGCGUUGUAGCAAAGGCCAACCUGGACGCUUUAGCUGAACCAUGCAUCGCCAGUGUGCUUCGUGUCGGUCCGUGCAGUCGGAGGUUCGACGCCGUUUACAUCGCUGAAGAGCAUUUUACUGCUAGAGUGAAACAACACCAACAGCGAUGCAACAUGGUUAAAUCUCAGUACAAGCAGUGCAGCAAGGCGGACUUCCUGGGUUUCAUGCAGAAGUGCUACGAGAACUUCUUGAGAGAAGUUACCGGGAGAAGUCUGUCAAUGUCGAAAUUCUGCAGAACGUACCACAAGUACAGUGAGUGCGUUGAGGAAGCUGGAGCUGAAACGUCCUGCUACAACGUCACAGCGCUUCGGGGGCCAUACGACGCCAACCUUGCCAACUACAGCGCGAAGUACAAGAAGCUUUGCUCGGUUCCUAAGCGCAGUAUGGUUAACGUUAAUUCUGCUGCGGAAGCGACUGUACCGUGGAUGCUGAUUGUUUAUGCAUUUGUCAUCAUGGUCACCACUCAAAUGAGGACUAGCUUCGGUGGAAACAUUUGAUGUUGGCGCCUGAGUGCCCGAAAUUUGAAGUGUUUGUUUGAUUAAAAGUAUUCUAAUGGC